CUCGUCUAGGGGCGUUAGGCUGAUUUUGGCGUUGCUUAUUAGUAUCAUCUCACCUGCCACUUUCCCCGGGCUAACGAUGCAUUCUCAAAAAUGCGGACGAGCAGAAGAGCUGCUCUGAACAGGAGAAUACUCAUCACUGUUCUGAUUAUCCUUGUUCUUGUCAAUGCUUAUCAUCUCUGGCUUGGAAAGCGGUAUUUCAGCGCUAUCGCUCGGGCGGCAUUCCACGAUCGCCAAGCACAGUUUCGGGAUCAUCUCUAUUCCUUGCUCGAUAGAUAUGCACCGGGAUGUCCUCCUCUGGAAUUGAUUGAUUCGGCAGGGUGGCCGAGAUACGACGCCGUGCUUGAACUCGAUCGGGAGAAUCAUAUCGAUAAAGCUGAUGAGAUUAUACAGCCCAUGCAGGCAGCGCACGGCGGCUUUGUUCAAGCGACCCGAAGGCUUGAUGUUCCUUAUAUGAUUUUGACAGAAGGCAUUGUGUCUUCUGCAGGUGGUGAAUAUAUGCCGACCUUUGUAGUAACCCUGCGUUUGCUGCGACGAACCGGGUGCAUGUUGCCGGUAGAGCUCUUUGUCAAAGAUUCGACCGAAUAUGAAUCGCACAUCUGUGAGAAGAUUCUCCCGGAACUCAAUGCGAGAUGCGUGGUGCUAUCGGAGGCCAUGGGCCUGGAAAACUCAAUAAACACUGAUAAUGCUGACGGAGUUAAAAUCGAGCACUACCAGCUCAAAUCCUUCGCGGUUCUCUUCUCAUCGUUCGAAAAUAUCAUCUGGCUAGAUGCCGACUGCAUCCCCAUCCACGACCCUACAACCCUCCUGACAACCGACCCAUUCAAAUCCACUGGUCUUGUCACCUGGCCCGAUUACUGGGCCAGCACCAUAUCUCCACUAUACUUCACCAUCUCCCGUCAACCCGAGUUCCCCACAACAGACCGCGCAACAACCGAAGCAGGCGUAUUCCUAGUCUCCAAGAAAGCCCAUUCCCGGACACUCCUCUUAGCAGCUUACUACAACUACUACGGUCCAUCGCACUAUUAUCACCUCCUAGACCAGGGCGCCCCGGGAGAAGGCGAUAAAGACACAUUCAUUCAGGCUGCCGCUGCUGUAGGCGAAAAAUUUUACACAGUCAGCGAGAAAGUCGCAGAUCUGGGCCGUCGGCGAUAUGAAUGGAACGAUAACGAUAUAAUUCACGUCGCAAUGCUGCAGGCCGAUCCGGCGGAGGAUUAUAAGCUCACCCAGCAAGGAAAAUGGCGGGUAGAAGAUACAUCUGUGGCCCCUGCGCCUCGAGCAUUUUUCGUCCAUGCGAAUAUGGUCAAAUUCAACCCCGGGGACAAAUUGUUAGACGAGAGCUCGAAUGAGUAUGACAAUGGGCGGAGGAGGAUGUGGACUGCUCCUGAGACGUCGGUUCGGCGGCUUGGGUAUGAUGUUGAACGGGCGGCUUGGGAGGAGGUUAUGACGGUGAGCUGUACUUUGGGUGCUGCUUUUGAGGCAUGGAAGGCCGGGGAUGGGUUAUGUGAGGAUGUUCAGACGCAUUGGAGGGCUGUAUUCCAGGAUCCAGAUGCUGGUGGGCUUAAUUUUACGCAAUACUGAUUGUUGACGUCUCGUAUAUAGACCUGCAGAUACAUUUAUUGGUAUGAUGCGUAAUGUUGCCUGAUGCUCGUAUUGAAUGUAUUCUAAACCUGAUGUCUGGAUAAAGUAAAAGCACUUGCAUACAGUAAACUUUGUGUUAGCUGGCGC